CUACUGCUGUGUCAAGUCCCAGAGAAGUUUCUUCUCUUCCAAGUUACUAAUCAGACUAAGGAAGGGGCAGAGAGGAAAGGAGGGCUCGCUGCUGAUGGGUUAAGAGGUGCGACCACGCAGAAGCCAGCGGGAGAGCGGAGGGAGCCUGGCCAUGGUCACUGUUGCUCCCCUACCUGUGAGGAGAAAACGUACCGAGUGAGCGGCAGACACCAGAAACCAGAAAUGUCCUGCUUUUGGAGAACUUCUGACCUAGCGGUACUCUUGAUAUGGGGGGUCUUUGUGGCUGAAUCAAGUUGUAUGAAUGGGAAUCAAACGGCACAGAACAGUUCAUUACCUUUGGCAGAAGUUAACACUCCAGUGUCUGUGCAGAUGGGUACAAAGGCUCUGCUGUGCUGCCCUGCUAUUCCACUGACAAAAGCAGUACUCAUAACAUGGGAAAUAAUCCUAAGAGACCAACCUUCCUGCAGAAUAUCCUACAAAGUAGAAACCAAGGAGACCAAUGAAACCAACUGUACAAACAGGAGAAUCACCUGGGCCUCCACACCUGACCAGAGUCCUGACCUUCAGAUCAGUGCAGUGGCCCUCGAUCAUGAUGGGCAUUACUCAUGUGUUAUAGCAACACCUAGUGGGAAUUUCCAAGGGAGACAUAACCUCCAAGUUCUAGUCCCCCCUGUAGUAGCCCUGUCUCCAGGGAAAAAUAGAACUGCAGUUUGUGAGGCAACUGCAGGCAAGCCGGCUGCUCAGAUCUCCUGGACUCCAGAUGGGGACUGUAAAACAAAGAAUGAAUCACACAGCAAUGGCACCGUGACUGUCAGGAGCACAUGCCAGUGGGAUCAGAGCAAUGUGUCUGCUGUGUUCUGCUUUGUCUCCCAUUUGACCGGCAACCAGACUCUGUCCAUAGAACUGAUCGGAGGUAGUGGCAAAGCAUCACAAUCUUAUAUUCCGUACGUCAUCCCAUGUACUAUUAUUAUUAUUGUUUUGAUCAUCAUAGGAUGCAUUUGGCUUUUGAAAAUCAGUGGCUUCAGAAAAUGUAAAUGGACAAGACCAGGAGCUUCUACAGUUGUUGAGGAGGAUGACAUGCAGCCUUAUGCCAGCUACACGGAGAAGAGCAAUCCGCUCUAUGAUACUGUGACCAAGGUGGAGGAGGCAUGCUCGAUGCCACAAGGUGAAGUCAAUGGCACGGACUGGCUUGCUUUAUCAGCCACUGGAAUCUAGAACCAAGAAAAAUGAAUCAAGAGACACCAUAAUUACUGUUUUGCUUUCCUUAAAAUUCUACAAUGGAAGGAUUGCUUGGAAACUUGCUCUUCAAAAGUUCUUAGAAAGCACAAAUGUUCUAAUGGAUUUGCAUUUGUAGUCUUCUAUGAUUGGAGGUUUGGAAUCUUUGCUGCUACCAGUUAGUUCUUUGAAGAACUGAUGUAAUUAUUACAAAGAAA